AUGAAGCGCAAGGCUGCAUUACAUCUGCCGCAUACCUCCAGACGCGCUCCCAGGCAGGACCCCGUGUCUUGCGACUCUUGUCGGCACAAGAAAAUUAAAUGCGAUCGUCAGCAGCCAUGCAGCAGUUGCUCCGCGCGCCGAUUGGCGUGCAUUUAUGGGAGACCAGAGGCCGCAAGGGUUCCCAACCCAUCACCGGCUGGCGCAAUGCGGACGCCUCCUGCGAGUAGCACAAGUGUGCCCCCGGGAGCCGAAAAUGCUUCUACCGGACCUACUGAUGCUCCAUUGCAGCCAAGUAAUCGGGAGUCGCUACUCACAGCGGACUGGCUAGAGAACAUCCACAUGGCUGACCGGGUGCCGACAGCAACCCCAAAAUGGUUUCGAGAUGAACUAGACGAUUCGGUAAGAGGGCACAACUUGAGCGUCAAUGAGAAGGCAGGGCCAGCAAGACCCCUGCUAUCAAUGCCAUACAUGAAUCGGUCCGCCAUCAACGAGAAUCCGGCGUCGAUCAACUUGAUUGACUUUAUCCCCGCAAAAUCGGAGGCUUUGGAUCUCUUUCAAUAUUAUCAUCGCUACGUCGACUAUCUCUACCAUAUACUUGUCCCUAAGCGCGUGGAGGACCAAAUAGAUGGGAUCUACUGUUGCAUCGAAAGGGGUGAGCCCGUAGACCUCAGCCACUUGGCGCUGCUUUUCGGCAUCCUAGCCAGCUCUCUAUGUCUGCAGCAAAGUGUGGUGGCAUCUUCUGAUGUAGGAGAUCGAAGCCGAGAGUUUGCCUUUCUUACUGGUGCCGCGUUGAUUCAGGGCCAUUACUCCCUGUCUCCGACGCUCGUGGGCUUGCAGGCCACCAUGGUAGUCAUGCAUAAUGUCUCCAACUGGAACAUUCCACCGUCUGUGAGCGGUCUCUUUGUGCACGAUCUGGAACUGAAGAGACGGAUAUGGUGGGAUCUGACGUCGUUUGACUGGCUACUGGGCUUCCUACCUGGUCCUCAAGAGUGGACGUAUCUUAUCCAGCCAUGCCACAUGAACGUGAACCAGCCAUUGAACAUAGAUGACAAUGCCAUGUACCACGACAUGGUAUCACUGCCAAGUUCCACACCAACAGACAUGUCCUUCUUCCUCCAACGUCUGAAACUAGCGUCUGUCAGCCGGGAGGUAGUUGAUGCAACAUCCUACGAGCACCUGCAUGGCUUGGAACCACAGUACGAAAAAGUUCUCGAGCUAGAUCGAAAGUUCCAUCAAGCUGUGGCGGAAAUCCCGGAUUUCUUCCGCCUGGAUCCAUCGUCCAGACGACGUUUCGCUUCACUCUACGAGGAGCGCCCGACCAUUGCCUGGCAAGGCUGUCUCCUGCAACAGGGCUUCUUCUCACGCCUGUGCCGCCUACAUCGUGACUUCUUCAUUAGAGGGGCCCGUGAACCAGCAUACUCAUAUUCUCACGUUAUUUGUCUACAAUCUGCCCGAAAGGUACUGGAGAUUAAGAGGAUCAUGGAUGGAAACGAACCAAACUAUACUCCGCCAAACUCUGUCGUCUGGUCAGUCAUGCAUCAUGUAUUCGCUGCCGCCGUGAUACUAUUACUGGACGUGUGCUUCAACUGGGACGAUAUACUAGCCGAGAAACGAAAAGAAGAAGUGCUAGAUGCCUGCCGCAUGCUGAGCAAGGCACAAGAGUCGUCUGCUCUGGUCAGGGAAGGAAUAAAUGCCAUGAUGGGUGUACUACAAAAGCAUUGGAGGACUGGAAAGUUGCAACGGAGUGACGAGAACCCCCCUGUUGUUCCACGUGGGAAUGACGCAGCGCGUUAUCAGCCGGGUCACACACAGGCUUACACCCAACCUCUCGGAACCGAAUUAAGCAAUGCCCCGCCACAUCCUCCAGCUAUCACUGGUGAAAAUAUUCCCCAAGAGAGACAAUUGGAGGACAUCUGGACCGAGAUGCUUGAGACAGGAAACGACCUAGCCCUGGACACUGCAGACUGGACGGAACUAUUGAAUGAGCUGACAGACCCAGAGCUAUCUCGGGGAUGA